CUCUUGUUGCUGGACGCUCCACUGCCGAUUGUCACCCGUCGCUCGGGCAGGCGGCGGUCGUGGGAGCGGCAGGGCGGGAAGAGGCGCUGCAGCCGCAGGAGCAUCUGGGGAGGCGGCGGGGGCUGCGGCCGCUCCCGUAGCUGGAAGCAGCUGGAUGCGGCGGUGUGGAUGGAAGGGGCCCUCGGGAGGGGAACUCGUGCUGAGAAGUGGCACCAAGAAGAGGGUUGUUUGAAGAAUGACACGCACGCUGUGGGAAGGUUGAUAUGAAUAAAAGCAUCCCAGCCUGAAGAAGUCAAAGGGAGAUCCAUUUUCAGCAGCUGCCCUGAUGUUAAGGGACUUUCUCCUGGCCAUCAUGGAAGCCGAUGACCUGGAAUGGCUAGUGGCUCCAGUUCAGCAGCUGAUAUCCUGGGGUGCAUCGGCAGCCAUGAUUUUUGGAGGUGUGGUGCCCUACAUUCCUCAGUAUCGGGAUAUUAAAAGGACACAGAAUGCAGAGGGCUUCUCAACCUACGUAUGCUUAGUAUUACUAGUUGCAAACAUUUUAAGGAUACUUUUCUGGUUUGGGAGGCAUUUUGAGUCCCCUCUCCUGUUGCAGAGCAUUAUAAUGAUAAUUACAAUGCUACUCAUGCUGAAAUUAUGCACUGAAGUACGUGUGAUAAAUGAGCUGAAUAUAAAACGGCGGUCUUUCUCAGCUGCAGAUAGUAAGGAUGAAGAAAUCAAAACACCUCCAAAGAGAUCCUUUCUGGAUUUUGACUUGAUCUAUUUCUGGCACUGGAGCAAGUUUACAGAUUAUGUACAGUGUGUUCUGGCUUUCACUGGAGUAACAGGAUACAUUACUUACCUUUCUCUCGACUCCAUUAUCUUUGUGGAAACAUUGGGCUUCCUUGCUGUGUUCACUGAAGCCAUGCUGGGCAUCCCGCAGCUCUACCGUAACUAUCAGAAUAGGUCAACUGAAGGAAUGAGUGUGAAGAUGGUACUGAUGUGGACCAGUGGCGACACUUUCAAGACUGUGUACUUCCUUCUCAACCAAGCUCCUUUCCAGUUCUCCAUUUGUGGACUUCUCCAGGUCUUUGUGGAUAUGGCCAUCCUGAUGCAGGUUUACUUCUUCAGCUGCUACCCCCAGAAGCCAACUUCACACCCAACACACCCAGCCAGUACAAAGGCUCUUUGAAACACAAGGUGGAGGCGUCUGUAAGUCAGCAGAGUUCGGAACCAGUGUUUCAGCUUCAGCUUUUAAAUACUGCAUUUCUAAAGGGCUGGAAGAAGAAGAAGAAGAAUACAUGGAAAGGGUAUCAUAUCUGGCAUUAUUUCGAAGCACUGGUGUUCCUUGGGUUGCAAGCCCAUUGGAGUGGAUUUUUCCCUUUGGAGUUCCAGUGAGGGGUGUCAUUUUUGUAUCUAUGUAUAUAACUAUGAGUUUUAAUUGCCUGUAUCUAUAAGUAUGUGCAUGUAUGUAUGCGCACAAGCAUACUCGCAAAGGCUGGAUUUUUGUGUUUUCGUUGCUAUUUAAAAAGAACAGUUCAGCCAUAAGAAUCAGAGAAUAUUUUGUCUGAACCUUUUAUCUAUUUAUAUAAAAUAUGGGUAUGUUUAGAGCUUUUGGAAUAUCUGUUAAGUAUUUCUGAUAGAGCUGACGAAGGGGAUGUAUUCAUCAACAGUAUAAAUACGAAGCUGGCUUUUAAAAUGGUGGGUGCAAUUGAUCAAAGAUGGGUGAGUUACUGGGGUGGGAAGAGACUGGAGCUGGGAAAAGAGGAGUAGUGAAUGGCAGAAAGAAUCCUAUUUUAUCAGUUAUAAACGUAUUGAUAAGAACAUUCCCAUGUACACUGCUGGACCAGUGUGACCGGGAGAUAGUUCACAAUUAGUCAGAUGCGGUGUGUGGUAAAAUCAGAAGUAUAAAUUAGAUGUUAACUUGGUGACGUAAGAACGGAGGGAAGGAAGAAGUUUAACAUCACGUGGUAGUACUCUUUUUUCUGAAAUAGAGGGCUGAGGGAAUAAUGUCUAGCAAACAGUGUUAAAAGUAAGGUUUAUGACAGGGACUAUAUAAAAGUGACAAAGAUGGAAAGAAAUACAAUUUGUAGUUUAGGCCUUAUGUACACUCCUUGUGCCAGAAUAUUUAUAUCAGAUAAAAAACAGCAAAGUUACAUAGCUUACGACUCUUCAAUAUAGGCACAGUGAAAUGGCUCAUACCAGUGAGGCAUUGGCUGCAUUGGGAAUAUUGUCAGUAUAAGUGCAUCUUAAACUAGGAAACACUACCUGGUUCUGAGAAAGAGAGAGCAGGGUAAUGGAGAAGGUGGCCAUUUUGAGGAAUUUUUAUAUAGGGCUGGCCUCUUCUUUUUCUAAAAAGGAAGCUGAACCUUGACAUUUCUUUACAUAUUAUUUAAGGCCAAAUCAGGUCAUUUUGUGCUCUUGGACAAAACUUUUGCAGUAGCCGAUUGUUGUAUUCCUAUGCCCGUCGCUUAAGGAAGUCCACGAAGACUCCCUAAGAAGGUGAGAAUGAAACAGUAGCAGGGGGACCACAUAUGAAUUGUGUGUGGCGCAUAUGAGGGACAGGGAGGGUGCGUGUGUAAAGCAUCCUUUCAGAGGUCUGCAUGUCGCUUUCUGCAACUUUGGACUUGAAAACUCAAGAACCGCAGAGUUGAAUUUUGAAGCUGUUUGGCUAGUUUCCAAGAAGAGCUUGCUCUGACCUUCUAAGAUGCAAGCUGACUUUUCAGUUGUGUUCCGCUUCAGGAAGUAUUCCAUCAUCUUCAAAGAAAUCUGUGGUGGCCCAGAAAUGUAUAUUCUUCACUGCUCCAGAAAUUCCGCUACAGGAUGGCAAUUUAGGUCAGCAGUAGAUAUCUGCUGAAUGGCUGUUCUUAUUAUUUGUAACUGGUCCAAAGGAUAUUUUACUUUGUGCACCUGCAGCUCUGAUCUACUAAAAGCUGAACUGCCCUCAGCUGGACCUCUUCCCUGCCUGAUGCAUUUGGCUGCGCCAAAUUCCUCUCUCUGCCAAAGAGACAGCAAGAUUUCAUCACUGCAGUGCAAUGAGAAAACCUAUCAGGAGCUUUUGUUUGCAAAGAAUCGUUUGCCUUCUGCAUUUUAAUAGAUUUUCUUUCCAGACGUUUCAUUUGUCAAGUACAGAAAAACCUCACGCUGGCUGGGCUUCCUCUUCUACAAGUGAAAUCCGCCAUGUCCAAGGGGCAAAUUUUGCCAAUAUGGCAGCUGGAUAAAAAGGAGAUCAGCCUGUCUUACAAUGAAGGGUGGGCAUCUCCUGCUCUGCAGCAGCAGGUAGCGGCUCUUUCCCUGCCUGUAACUGGCAAAUAAACCAAAUCUCAGGAAAGCUGGUUCAUUGAGAGCUUGGUGUGAAGCACGAUGGUUGACCUUUGACCAUGAUGGUUGACCUUUGGCUCCUUUGCUUAUUUCCUUAUGCCUGAAGUGACCUUACCAAGCUAAUGUUGCGUGGCAUGGCAGAAUACGAAUGUUCCAUUGCUUUCCUUUUGCACAGAUGUUCUGGCUGUAGGAGCAUCUGGGCAUUUCUUUUCUAAAUUGUAAGUUUCCACCAUGGUUCUGUUUCCCUGGUAUGCAGCUGUAACGAGGACUGUAUUUCUACAAGAUUUCUUACAAUAGCUUGCAAUGCUGGGGUUUCUAUUUUAUGAAAUGGCCUCCUUGCUCCCGCCAUUUAUCUUUGAAAAGGGAGUGAAAAUAAUUAAGCUAGUGUGUAUGCAUUUGCUUUGCCUGUGAAAAUGCAUAUAUCUCUGAUGCCUCUUUGUGUAAAAACAAGUAUUAUCUGAGGUAAAAUUAAUAGUAUCCCCUCUUUCCGUUUUUCUUCCUUCUUCUUGGAUGUUGUGGGCAGGUUCUUACAUGUUGAUUAUCCAGAAUGCAGGCUCUAUGGAUACAUGUCCUUCCCAGAAUUGCUGCAAAUGCCAGGUGAAAAGAGAGUAGGUUUGUGACAGAAAGGUACUUUUAUUGUGCAGCAUUGAAAAAGCUGGGGCUCAUGGCAGCAAACUUCACUGAUUUUAAGAUUGCAAAAGAUUUAGGGGAAGAGUCAAAUACCUCUUUUAAGACAUAUGCCAUUGAUCAACAUCAUUUAACUCCAGUGAGAUCGCAGAUAUCUAAGGUGCCUUUUAGAAGAUUCUCAAUCAUGUGGGCAGUUUUGUAUCCAUCUCCUAUAUAGCCGGGAGAAUGUUUAAAUAUCCCAACUGUGUGACUGGGUCUGACUUGCUGAGGCUUUUCUCACAGAGUUGGCAUUCCCAUUGGAUGUUGAUUCAGUGGAAAGGACUCCUAUUUGUCAUUUAAAUAUUCUCCCAACCAAGUGGAGUUGCUGUUGGAUAAGCAGUAGCUGUGUUGGAAGAAUAUCUAAAUGGCACCUCGGCAGCCAGCUGAUCCCUUUUAAAGUUACAUUUUUUUUAAUGUGUAAAAGAAAUCUCUGUUAAUAGUGAUCAUCGCAGUUUAGAUGUCAAUAAUUUUAACUGCAUCUUUGUUGAAUGUAUGGUAUAUUUUGAUGACAGUUGCACUCUGUUUAUCAGUUACAAUGAUUUUUUUAAAAAAUAAAUGGAUCAAUUAUGCACCUCUUU